CGUAUUUUAGGUUCAUAGGUUACUUUCCUGUACCCCUACGUUUUUAGUAAAAUCUUAUUCAUUACCGGAUACAUCAGUACGGCAGCCAGUAUGUUAUUUAAAAAAAAAAAAUAAAAUAGAAAUUUGUACGUGUGCUACUGUAUGAAACCUUGAACAGAAUUCUAAUACGCACGUUUGCUGUGUUUUGUGUAACAAAGAAUUAUGCAUGCUAAUUAAACUUUCUUAAAUCUCGAUACGUGAACAGGCUUCUCCCAAUCAUACACGAUGGGAGGAAUUCGAAAUUUGAGGCCCCGGAAAUGAGGGGGGAGAGUUCGUUUUUGUCUGUCAAAAGCAGACAAAAAUUUUUCCAAUUUUGCCAUCGGUUGUUUUCUCGACUAGUUUUUACACCCCGAUAUAGACGUAACAAUAGCUCUAUUCCGAGAAAAACUGAUUAUCAUUGGGAGUGGUGACGUCAAAGAAAUCCGGCUCGUUCUGACCUACUAGAAUACAAGAUACUUUGAUUAUUAUUAUUAUUAUCGCGCGUUUAAUUACGACAUACAAAUUGAAGGUGACAAAUAGACAAUAUGGCCACCGAUUCUCGAAAUUUAAAUGUUCCAUUUAACAAAUAGCUUUAGUAUUGUCUGUUAAAAGCCUAUUGUUUGACCUCUAUUGUCGAGGGUAGUUAGUUCUGGACGUCCAUCGAGGGUCGUUCACUUCUAAUAUUGCUGGAACGGGGGCACUGGCCAUUCUGUUCCGGAUCCUCCCACGCGCUAAACUAGCCCUUGAUUACUUUGUAGACAUCUUAAAACAAGGCCCUUUUUUUGGUGUAUAUACAGUAUAUAACAAUUGGCGAUUCGCGAUACUUUCUUCUGUCGAAACGUCGCGAUGACAUCAUUCGUCUCGACACUCCUACGACACCUGGCUCGACUGGUUGGCCACGUGACUAGUAGGCUUUAGCACUACCCGUUACCUGUUGGAAUUUUUGAGGUGAUUAGUACCUUUCGUUUUCAUUCAUUGGUCGAUCAGCUGAUAGAAAACUCCUCGGAGCGUUAGAUAACAGCAGUUAUUAACAGGAUACCUUUCUUCGUGCUACUAUGUAUCAGUUGUCUUAUCUAUUGUGAUGUCAAUUGUUAAGAAUCUAAGAAUUCCAAGCAUUUUAUUAAGUGAAGAAGCUUAAACUCCACAAAAUGACCAUGGACAGAACGAUUCCUCACGUGCGCGAUAUUUUCAACGGACCGGACAUAUGCCUUUAUGAUCACUCUCCUCAGACCAGGAGGAGGAAGAAGAUCGAAGAUCGAUCCCCGGAAGAGGGAAGAAAACCUAGAAAUACAAAUCUUCCUUCUAUUAAUAAUAAAAACUUGGAGGACUCAAACUGUAGUGAGUGGGAGGAAGAGCACAGCAAGAUGCCAUAUUCGACUAAGACACUAACAGAUCGGGACAUACGGAUUCUGGAACGUCACUUAUCCAUGAAGAAGACCAUUCGCAAACAAAUAAGUCGGAAUCUGGCUCAGGCAUUCAUAGAGGACCCUCGGACUUCAGAAAACCAGAACGUGACCAGGAGUGCGGAGAAGAGCGUCACGCUAACUCGUGCCAAGAUGGGCAAGUGCGAGCAGCCCUUUCUCUACAUGCUGAGGGACCCACAGGAGGAAAUCGAUUCGGGCCACUCUAGUCCAAUUCGCCACAGCGAUUUCAGCGAAGACGAGGACGAAAUCAAAAAAUCCCAGAAGGAGUUACCAGAAAACAAUAAAUUCUCUUUUUGGAAGAUGUUUUCGGGGAAGAAGAAACGAUAGUUUGCGUUUUCUUUUUGAGAUACACGAGCCGUUUUAAAUGCAUGUUUUAUUUUUUGGUAUGGGUUCGUCGCCCUCUUAAUGUUGAGUUGUCGAAUCAGCGUCACGUGAUGCUCCAAAAAUCGACUCUUGAGAUCUCAUAGCGACGUCUGUCGGAGACGUCUUGUACCCGUCCAAACUCGUUAUGUGAUGUUUUACACGCUCUGUACCCGUAGUGCGAUUUCUCGGAAUGAAAUUUUUUUCGUGUGUGUGUGUUGUAUUUUUCUAGUCGUAAAUACUUAGCCUUGUUUCGCUAAGAGUUUUCUUGGUUGGGUGCAAUCGCUAUUUUUGUAGGAUAAUUUUUUUUCCCCAAAUUAAAAACCAUUUAUUGAAAAAAAGAAA